GAUGACUUGCCUGGUCUGGCCGCAGUAUGACUGUCAUCAUCUGUCAUGAAUGCUCUCUGCUCUGAUUCAGGGCAGUGGGGAAGGGACACGAAGCACGGGGGACAGAAGAAUGGAAGGAAAGGAGCGCUCUCCGGGAGCUCAUUCUUCACGUGGUUUAUGGUCAUUGCGCUGCUGGGCGUCUGGACAUCGGUGGCUGUCGUCUGGUUCGAGCUGGUUGAUUAUGAGGAAGUUUUAGGAAAACUAGGAGUCUAUGAUGCAGAUGGUGAUGGAGAUUUCGAUGUGGAUGAUGCCAAAGUUUUAUUAGGUCUUAAAGAAAGAUCUGCUUCAAAACCAACAGUCCGACCCGAAGAGGCUGAGACAUUCCGUGGGCAGGAGGAGCAGGUUCCUGAGGGGACAGGACCUCAGCAUAUUGAAGAUGAAAUACAAGAAGAAAUGCAUUCCUCUCUUCACGAAACAGUAUACACAGAACAUGGAGAAGACCUGCAGCCAGAGGAGGACGGGCCAGCAGAACAGCAACCGGACGAGGACGAUUUCCUCGUAGGAAGUGACGCAGAGGACAGAAUCGAGCCCCUGGAAACUGGCACAUUUCAGGAAGAAACUGAAGAUAGUUACCAUGUAGAAGAGACAGCUUCACAGGCCUCUGAUCAGGAUGUGGAAGAGAUGAUGUAUGAGCAGGAAAACCCAGAUUCCACUGAACCAGUAAUAGAUGAUGAUGAAAGAAUGUACCAUGAUGCAGAUGAUGUAACGUACCAAGACUAUGAUCAACAAGUAUAUGAACCAUCGGAAGGUGAAGGGGUGGAAAGCUCAGAUACUGGUGUGGAAGAGUCAAACGUAAUUUUAGAAGAAGUACCUGUGCCCCCCGCGGAGGAGCAGCAGGAAAUACCACCAGAAACAAAUAGGAAAACAGAUGAUCCAGAACAAAAAGAAAAAGUUAAGAAAAAGAAGCCUAAACUAUUAAAUAAAUUUGAUAAGACUAUUAAAGCUGAACUUGAUGCUGCAGAAAAACUCCGUAAAAGGGGAAAAAUUGAGGAAGCAGUGACUGCAUUUGAAGAACUAAUUCGUAAAUACCCUCAGAGUCCACGGGCCAGAUAUGGGAAGGCACAGUGUGAAGACGACUUGGCUGAGAAGAAGAGGAGCAACGAGGUGCUGCGCAAGGCCAUCGAGACCUACCAGGAGGUGGCCAGCCUGCCCGACGUCCCCGCGGGCCUGGUGAAGCUGAGUUUGAAGCGGAGGUCAGAGAGACAGCAGUUCCUAGGUCAUAUGAGAGGUUCUCUUGUUACACUGCAGAAAUUAGUUGAACUAUUUCCUGAUGACACUUCCUUAAAGAAUGACCUUGGAGUGGGGUAUCUCCUGAUAGGAGAUAAUGACAAUGCCAAGAAGGUUUAUGAAAAGGUUCUGAAUGUAACACCUAAUGAUGGCUUCGCUAAAGUACAUUAUGGCUUCAUCCUGAAGGCACAGAACAAGAUUGCAGAAAGCAUUCCCUAUUUGAAGGAAGGAAUAGAAUCUGGGGACCCUGGCACUGAUGAUGGGCGAUUUUAUUUCCACCUGGGGGAUGCCAUGCAGAGGGUUGGGGACAAAGAGGCAUACAAGUGGUACGAGCUGGGGCACCAGCGGGGCCACUUUGCGUCUGUGUGGCAGCGGUCCCUCUACAACGUGAACGGACUGAGGGCCCGGCCCUGGUGGACCCCUGAGGAGACGGGCUACACGGACUUAGUGAAGUCCUUAGAAAGAAACUGGAAGUUGAUCCGAGACGAAGGCCUCGCGGUGAUGGAUAGAAGCAAAGGCCUCUUCCUGCCCGAAGAUGAAAACCUGAGGGAGAAGGGGGACUGGAGCCAGUUUACCCUGUGGCAGCAAGGAAGAAAAAAUGAAAAUGCCUGUAAAGGAGCUCCCAAAACCUGUUCUUUGCUAGACAAAUUCCCGGAGACAACAGGAUGCAGAAGAGGACAGAUCAAAUACUCCGUCAUGCACCCAGGAACUCACGUGUGGCCGCACACGGGGCCCACGAACUGCAGGCUCCGAAUGCACCUGGGAUUGGUGAUUCCCAAGGAAGGCUGCAGGAUCCGGUGUGCCAACGAAACCAAGACCUGGGAAGAAGGCAAGGUGCUCAUCUUUGACGACUCCUUUGAGCACGAGGUGUGGCAGGACGCCGCGUCUUUCCGGCUGAUAUUCAUCGUGGACGUGUGGCACCCGGAGCUGACACCCCAGCAGAGACGCAGCCUGCCUGCAAUUUAGCAUGUCGCGCGGGCUCGGGACACACUGGAGAGCGGCUGCCUUUCUGCCUCUAUCUCCUCGGCUGUGGGGAUAGACGUUCAAACACCAAUGCCCUUAAUUUCCUUGAUUUGCAGCCUGAAAAUUUCUAAACCUCCUCCCAGGGUUAGAAGACACUAAAGGGAACAUUUGCCUCGCUGCAGUGCACUUAGAAAAUACCCUGCUGUAUUUCAUCCCAGGACAGCACCAAUCUGGUGCCUGUAUUUCAGGUAAACACAUGAGAGCUUCUACCUUACUAGCCAAAGAUAUUUUUUUUCCAUUUAGAAUAGGCUAGAUCAGUGUACAGCGAGAAUACAUGUAGAAACUGUGAAUGGAUUGCUUUAGCUUGUAAUUUUUCUAUGCAACUAUAUUUUUGUAGGGUAGCUACAGGAUUUUUGUCAUCACAUACCACCACUUUUUUGUUGAUUUUAAUGACAAGCUGUGUAAAUGCUUUACUUCAAGCUGCUUAAUGAUAACUUUCCUGGUGAACUCAGACUUCCCUCUUUUAAUUAUUUUUAGGCAAAGACACUCAUGAAAGAAAACAUUUUAUUUUCCUAAAACACAGGAGAUUAUGCCAAUGUGUAUGAAUUGUACAGCUCCCUGCCCACUAAGUCUACUUACUUGUUUCUCUUCAUCGAGAGCCAGUAUGUUCAUUUCUGUCCUCACCAUGUGAAUGGUGGAGAGACUGUCAAAUGGCAUUUCUUUCUAAGAGAAAGCAUUUAUACUAAAAAGGGACAUGGAAUCAUUUUGUAUUGAGUUAUAAAAGUGCCACAUGUAAAAAUUUUUAAUGCCAAGUGUUAGAGCUUGGGGGAAAAAGGUAACUUUUUCCAACUGAAAGUUUUCUCUCGGGGUCGGUAGAUAGGUGGCCACCAGGACUCCAGCCCCCGGCCUCCUUGCUGCCCGUGAGGCUGGAAUCCAGGGUGUCACUGCCUAUUGCAGACCUGUGGGGAUGGCACCGUCCUCGAGAGGAUUCCCAAACAAUUUUGCGAAAAUACAAAAGGUAGCUGAGUGCAGAGCGGUAAUGCCGGGAUCUUUGUCCUGGGUGUAGGAUGUCGAGAUCGCUUUCCUCUUUGAAAGAGUUUGGAAGACUCUUCCAGCUCCCUGGCUUGAGACUUCUGCCAUUUAGACAUCACUUUGAAAUAGCAAUUAUUAUCCGUGGUUUAGUUUUUAAAUUACCCACAGCAUAGCAAUAACUGUUGAAAAAUGGUCUUGCCUACUCAUCCAAAGAUGACCAAGACAUUAAUUUGGUAGAUCACUAAUGCAUUAAAUUUUGUUUUUAAAAUGAAAGCUAACUAGAAAUGUUAGCUGUAAGAGUGUAACAAUGUUAAUGCACUGAAUUUUAAGCCAAUAUGAACAAAAAUGCUGGCAAAAGGACACAGAGGUUAGCAAAUACCACUUGUAAAUAGGUAGAGAAACACUUAUGCUUUUUUUUCCAUCCAAGGACAAAGGAGGAUUUUUUUUUUUUUUAAUCUCAGUUAAAAAACAGUUCUUUAAAAUUGAAAUUAACCUUUUUUGCUUGUCUUUAAGCACAUUAGCUUCCAGGACAAGAGUUUGCAAAAUAUAUUUUGUGUUUCCUUCUUUUUUGCCAAUGUUCAAAAACUCACUAAAAUGGAUGAAGAAGUAUGUGAGGAAAAAUACUAAAAUUAAUUACCAAAGUCCAGAAGAAAAAACAAACUCUUGAAAAAUUAAAGGGUGUUUGUGUCCUUCCAUAUUUAUUGAACAGAGGAAAUGACUAACAAAGGACAAUACAAUCCAGUGUGGUAACAUUCAUGUCAUUUGCAGAAUUGGGUUCUUGAAUGUAUGUUGCACACGCACAAAGACAUUCAAAGUACUAGUGUCAUUGUUGAACCAUCAUCUUACAUUCAUGUAAUGAAAUCUUGGAAUGGAGUAAAAACUAGCUCUUAACUUAGUAAUUAUAACAUGGUAUUUAAAAUCAGGUCACUACAGGAUUCUAAAUAUUGCCAACUGAAAAGCCAGAAGUGUUAUUACUGUUGCAAAGGGUUGGCAAUAAUUGACUCCAAUAGCAUUUUAAGUACUUGGUUUUCACAACUACCUUAUAAACCCAAGUAAUAAAAUGGAUUUUCUAAUUCACUUUAAUUCUUCAUCUUUCUUCCCU